CAGCUGCUUCUGCAGGUUGGAGGCUGCAGGUGGCUCGGCAGCCAGCUGCUGCCCGGCUUCGCCCCCAGCCAGACUGACAGCCACGCGGCCGUCUGUCCAGCCCUGCCCCACAGCUUCCUGUCUGUGUCUCGUCUUCUGUCUGUGUCUGUGUCUAUCUUCAGUCUGUCUGUGUCUAUCUGUCUGUCCCCCCCGCGGCCCCUUCUGCCCAGAAGUGAGUGUCGCUGCCCCCCCUUGGAUGCGCGUGGCUGGGGCACAGGCCAGGCCGUCCACGCUGGCUCCCGGCUUCCCACCCAGCCCGGCUGAGCCCCCGAAGGCCCCCAGGCCAUCCCAGGCCCCGGAAUGGAUCCCUGAGCAGCAGGUCUGGACACAGCAUGCCUCUGGGCCGGGCCGCCCUCCUGCUCCUGCUGAUGCUGCAGACUGGCUGGGGCUGCUCGGAUCUCUCCUGCUAUACCGACUACCUGGAGACCAUCACCUGUGUCUUGGAGACGUGGACGCCCCACCCCCACCCCCUCACCCUCACCUGGCUAGACCCGUAUGGAGAACUGGAGGACAAAGUCACCUCCUGCAGCCUCCGCAGGACCAGCCGCAACGCCACGCACGCGCAGUACACCUGCCGCAUGAACGUCUCCCAGUUCAUGGCCGACGACAUCUUUAGUGUCAACGCGACCGACCAGUCCGGCAGCUCCCAGGAGUGCGGCAGCUUUGUGCUGGCCUACAGCAUCAAGCCCGCCCCCCCGUACCACGUGACGGCGGCCGCGGCCCCCUCGGGGCUCCGCAACGUCAGCUGGCGCUCGGACUACGACGACGGCGCGGCCUACCACCCGCUGCGGCACCGCCUGCAGUACCAGCUGCAGCUCCGCGAGCGCGAGGGCGCCGGGGCCCGGCGCGCCGUGACGGCGCUGGUCUCCGUGGACGCCCGCAGCGCGUCGCUCCCCCCGGGGCGGCUCCGCGGAGGCCGGCGCUACGAGCUGCGCGUGCGCGCCGCCGCCCAGCCCGGCCUCUUCCAGGGCACGUGGAGCGAGUGGAGUGAGCCGGUCACCUUCCAGGUCCCGCCCGGGGGGCCUGAGGCAAACUGGGAACUUCUGCUGCUGCUGCUUCUAGCGGUCUUGGCCACUGGCCUCGUCUUCCUGGGCCUGAAGACCCGUCUGCCCUGGAGGUUGUGGAAGAGGCUGUGGGCACCAGUGCCCAGCCCUAAGUACUUCUUCGGGCCUCUGUAUGACAGCCACAGCGGGGACUUCAAGAAAUGGGUGGGGGCCUCCUUCACGGCCUCCAGCCUGGAGCUGGGGUCGGGGAGUCUGGUCCCCUCGGCGCUGCAGCUUCAGUGCACGGGCCCAGCCCAGAGUCCGCCCAAGAUGCCGCCGCCGCCGGGGCCGGCUGAGCCGCUGGAGUGCGACGGGGCCCCGGAGGGGGGCGUGGCCGGCGAGGAGGGGGAGCGGCCCUACGGCCUGGUGUCCAUCGACACGGUGAUGGUGAUGGACGCAGAUGGCCCGCAUGCCUGGCCCUGCAGAGAUGACGGCUAUCCGGCCUUGAACCUGGACAUGGGGCUGGGCCCGUCGGAGCUGCUCUUGGGUGCAGUGGCCACGUCCCUCCCCUGUGGCUGCGUCUCCACGCGUGGCCCCAGGCUGGGCGGGCUGAGGAUGCCCCUGGGUGAGGGGGGCUGGGCCGCGGGGCCGCCCUGGCCCUCCGACAGCGAGGUGGACUCCCCCCCGGCCGGCCUGGACAUGGACACAUUUGACAGCGGCUUUGCGGGCUCGGACUGCGGCAGCCCCGUGGAGAGUGACUUUGUGGGUGUCCGGGAGGAGGGCCCCCCCAGAAGCUACAUCCGCCAGUGGGUGAUCGUGGGGUCCCCCCCUGCGGGCAGGGACCCCAGGCCACCUAGCCAGGAUGGCUGCCCUCAAGAGCUGGCCAGUUCAUCAGGCCAGAGCUGGUGUAUGCAUGUUUGAGCAGAGGCCCCAGGACCUUUGCAUGUGCCGGAGGCUGGGACAGACCAUGGCCCACAAGGCUGAUGCCGAGCCCAGGUCCUUAAGUUCUGCCCCAGGGGUUCCUGUCCCUGCUCGUCAGGAAAGGGUGGAGCAGAGGAAGCCACAGUGGCCAGGAGCUGGGACAAGUUAGGGGACCCAGGGACACAGGUCUGAUACCAGCCCGGAGGCCUUCUGGACUAAGUCCUUCACCUUCCGGUGCUGUCAUUUCUUUGGAUAUGGGGGCGUCAUAGCCAGCUCUGAAGAACUCGGGGAGCCCCCCACCCCCACCCCCUGCACAGUCCAUGGCCCCCAGCUGGCCCUCCGGGGCGCAUCAGCUUCCUGUCUGAGGUCUGCGGAGAGCAGGUGCAGAUGGGCAGGGGGAGGAAGCCACCCACGCGGGCAGCGGGGCACCUGUGAGGGGCUCUGGGGGUUCCCCUCAGUCACUCGGCCUUGUCCCCCAGAGGCCCCCACGGCCCUGCCGGGGGCCUUUCCUGGCUUCUCAGCCAGGCAGGGGGCUGGGGGGGGGGGGAGCUGCCCACACAGGAGCGGGGACACUGAGGCAGGCAGGGAUGCUGAGGGGUGCCACAGGCCAUCUGCACAUGACCCAGCCCUCCCCCCGUCCUUAGCGCAUGGGUGGGGAGGGCGGGUGUCCCACGGGAGGCGCCGGGAGGCGCCCGUGGGGCAGAUGCUGUCAUAUGGCCUCUCGUGCCAGGGCUGGGGCUUGAACUCGGGGCCUCACACACUUGUCUGUCCUCUCCUCAAGGCCAGCACUCUACUAGGGCCGCUUCUGGCUGUUCAUUGGAGGUUUAGAGUCUCAGUGCUGGGAUUACAGGCGUGAGCCGCCAUUGCCAGACUUAUUUUUUCCCCUAGAGGCCCCGCCUCAGGCACAGUUUGGCCCUGGGUUGUGUGGGGGGGGGGACCCACCUGGGGCCCUAAAGGGAGUACCCUGGCUGCCCCUGGAAAGUGGGGGGUACUGGAGACCCCCCCCGGAGGGAAAGUUCUAGAACACUGGUGUUUUCACAGUGGGGCUGAGGCAGAGGCAUGUGUGGGAAGCUGCAGGCCGCAGCCCCCUCCCCCUCCCAUGCACGCAGGUGCGCUGCGGCCCCCCCCCCCCAGCACGGGCUCCCUGGGGAGCCCGUGUCUCCGCAGCACCCAGCGCGGGCUCGGCGUGGACAGGAGGCCGGGGCAGGGCGCGGCCGGGGCGCAGACGGCGGCGGCGGAGGAGGGGAGGGACAGGGCCUGUGUCUGCUUGGCCUGGGAUCUGGCGCAUAGUAGGACCUCAAUAAAGCCUAGUUUGUAGCGGU